AAUAGGACCGUGUUUGGUGCUACUGUAAUUCAACCUGUCAUCCAAAAACGGCAUUGUAAGAUUUGGAGUGACACUCGGAUACUCUGAAAACUCUCAGAGAGAGGAAUGGAGGCUCUGAUAGCCUCUUACGGCGAAACAUCCUCCGACUCGGACUCCGAGUCUCCACUUCCUCCACCUCCAGCUUCCACCAGCUCCGAGGUGUUCUGCCCUCUGCCUCCACCUCCUCUUUCGCUUCUCAAUCCCGCAAAUUCUAUCGGAGCUCUGGAUUACUUUGAUGGCGGUCAGUCCAGCAGACUUAGGACAUUCCCUCAUGUUGAAGGGAACUAUGCUUUGCAUGUCUACAUCCCAGUCUCUAUACCAUCUGCGCCAAAGAAGGAGUUGGCCCUUUUCUUGAAGAAAGUUGCUCGUGUUGUGCCUGGUCUUUAUGCGGUUGACGUUGAUGUCCCACUUGAUGCUCUUUGCAAAGAUGAUGAUAAGCUCGAACAAGUUGCCUUGGAAAGGGAAUUGCACAUUAGUUUGGGACGAACUGUCCCAAUCCGGUUGCACCAGAUUGACACGGUAGUGACCAUGCUUCGGCAGAAGCUUCAGCUUCAGAGGCGGUAUUGGAUUGAUUUUAGUAAGUGGGAGAUUUUUGUUAAUGAUGAUUGCACUCGUACUUUUCUAUCAAUGGAAGUUGUUGCUGCCGGUUUGGUUGAGAUAAGGAAGCAGAUUCAAGCUGUCAAUGAGGUUUAUAAACUUCACAAUCUUCCUGAAUUUUAUAAGGAUCCACGUCCUCAUAUAUCGUUGGCUUGGGCAUCGGGUGACAUCAGUAAUACCUUGAAGAAUGCAAUUCAAGAGGAAAGAAGACUUUCAGUUGGAGGGUCGAUACAGAAAUGUUUCUUUAGCUGUAAAUUCAAUGGUAUUGUGUGUAAGAUUGGUAAUAAAACGUAUAAAAUAUGUAAAUUUUCAGAUAAAUGAAAAUUCCAUCAAGUGUUGUAUUUUCAGAUGGAAUUAAUUCA